UAAUGGUUUUUGAAACUUGGAUUGAACAUCUCUGACUGACUUCCUGUAGUUUACAGGGUCGUUUUCUGACUGGCACAGCGUAGCCGUACAUUUGGAUCAUCUGAGCUUCACGGCUAACAUUAACUUGCUAACAAGGCUAGUUGCUAACUUUAGCGAAGGGUUGAUGCAGCGUAUUUUUUUCUUUAAGUUAGAUGUAGUUCUUUUUACUAUCAUAGAUUCGUUUGCAUGAACGCCAAUUUGCGACGGGUCAUAAAUGCCAUUCUCUGUUUGGGUUCCACACACCACCGUGCUUGCUGCUGGCUGGCUAACCCGCUGCCACAACACUGCGCCUCGGACAGACGGUGACGCACGGCGCCUAGCUCCGAGCUCCCAUCUUUAAGCUAACGUUAGCACACGAAGAAAGCGCGCUAGCACGGAUACGCUCUGGGAAACAAAGCAGCAAAAAUCACUCGCCUAAAUGGACCACAUGUCCAUAAUAACCCAGGUUUCUAACCCGAAGGAGGAGGAAAUAUUAGCUUUUAACCAAGAUAAAGCAUCACAGUCCAAAAGCAGCCUGAAGAAGCAGAGAAAUCGGAGCAUCUUCAGCACAUUAUUCUGCUGCUUUCGAAAUUACAAUGUUGAGCCACCAGCCGCCAACUCUAACACCAGUGCCCUGCCUCCACCGGUCGAGGAGAAUGGAUCCCCUCCCAAGUGUGACCAGGUCGAGGUCAUCCCUGUCCCUAGUCCACCAGCCAAAUACCUCCUGCCAGAGAUGAAGAUUUCUGAUUACGGCAAAAAGUGUGUUGUGAUAGAUCUGGAUGAAACCCUCGUCCACAGCUCGUUUAAGCCUAUAAGUAAUGCAGACUUCAUUGUUCCAGUGGAGAUUGAUGGUAUAGUUCAUCAGGUUUAUGUACUGAAAAGGCCCCAUGUUGACGAGUUUCUUCAAAAGAUGGGAGAACUUUUUGAGUGUGUGCUGUUUACAGCCAGUCUCGCUAAGUAUGCAGACCCUGUGGCCGACUUGCUGGACCAAUGGGGUGUGUUCAGAGCGCGGCUCUUCAGAGAGUCCUGUGUUUUCCACAGAGGCAACUAUGUAAAAGACCUCAGCCGGCUUGGACGAGAGCUAAACAAUGUCAUCAUAGUCGACAACUCGCCUGCUUCCUACAUAUUUCACCCUGAAAAUGCUGUGCCAGUGCAGUCCUGGUUUGACGACAUGAAUGACACAGAGCUCCUAGACCUGCUGCCUUUUUUUGAGGGACUCAGCAAAGAAGAGGAGGUAUAUGGCGUCCUGCAGAACCUCAGGAGCAGGUAGCAGGAUGGACUUAAGCACCAUGGCUGAUCUGCACACUCUGUGUCCUUCGGUGCCCUCAAACCUACGCCACACCUCUCGGACUCAGGCAGAUCCUCCAAAACAAGCCCCUUUUGUCACUGCCACAAGGGGGAGCCCCGGAGUCUCACUGUGGAAACCCAUCUGGUCUUGGAGAUUGGCCUUUGCCUCCUGAGUGCCAUCAGAAGCACUGUCACUAAACCACAGAACAGAGCAUUCUAGCUCAAGAAUAUUGGAGAAAAUUACUAAGAGGAUUGAACUCUGGUUUUUAUUUUGAACAUACAGAGUUUUAGUAACGAGGAGUGCUUGUUUUAAAAACCAAAAAAGAAAAAGAACAUUUUUGAGACCUCUUGUGAUGCUACAAAAAAGUCUGACAGAUUUUGUCCUCAUCGUUGCUAUGCAGGCAGUUUCUGGUGAUAGAAAGGACUGUGACUCUUUUCUUACUGAGUAAAGUGCCUUGUCUGAAAGUAGUUUAUGUGAGGAGGUGUUUUGUACAUGGCAUAUUUCAGUCUUUUCACAGAAAAAUAUGCUUUAAAGUGGACACAGAACUAUCUUUAUAUAAAAUGUUUGGCUUUAGUUUUGUGAUCAUCAAACGCUGGGUAAACGUCUUCAUAGUAUUCUUCCCCUCAGUUGACUUGUGCCAUUAUAUAGAUGUAACUUUGUUCUUCUGCUUUCAUUAUUUGUAGGAAUGUUGUCUUUUAUUUGAUUAGGAAAUUGAUGUUUGCAAUGGCCCUUUUGAGAGAGUAGAUUUAACAUCUCAAAGUUCAGAUAAAACUGUGCCAUUACUCUUCUUCUUGUCUUGCAUUUUUUGUGUUUUAUUUUAAUUGCCAAAUGAGGAAAUUAUUUUGUCUUUACCAGGGUUUCAGUUCUAAGUGUUACAUUUAGUAAGCAUAACAUUAUUAUAGGUUUAGAAUUUUGAUUUAUUUGUAUGUGUUCGUUACUGUGUCCUAUGUGGCUCCCUGUAUUUUCUUUGACAGUAAGGUGGAAAGGUGUCCUACUAUUUAAUUUGGUCUGACAGUGAAUAGGUCUUGUGCCAUGUUUUUGUACUACUCAUGAGGAUAUUGUCGGGGAUUUUAGAGUCUGAAAAAGCAAAACUUUAAACUGCUCUUCACCUCAGUGCCUAUGUUUGAGAGGAGCCACACAAACUGAGUGCUGCAACAUUAGCUACAACCAUAGCGGCAAUAAUCCCUAUGAAGGUAUCUACAUUUGUUAACAUUAUGCCUUUGGUUCAAAUCCAGACCAGCCCGUACAUCGCAAUGGAUUUCAGUGUUCCUUUUCAUAUGUAGUGAGUUGCCAGUUAUGUUAUUU